AUGGAGCCUUGCCGGUCCCUGGCCCUGCUUGCUGGCUCCCUGGGCCUGACUUCUUCUCUGAUUGCUCUGAGCACUGACUUCUGGAUAGUGGCCACAGGCCCCAAGUUCUCUUCCCACAGUGGCCUCUGGCCAACGACACAUGGGAUCCAAGUAGCAGGUUAUAUCCACGUGACACAGAGCUUCUGUAUCCUGGCCGCCCUGUGGAGCCUGGUGUCCAUGGUCUUCCUGAUCCUGUCUUACAGUCCGGCCCUGUCUGUCCCAGGCCGUGGCCCUCUAGUCUCAACGGUCAUGUCUUUUGCUGCAGCUCUCUCGGUAAUAGUGGCCAUGGCAGUGUACACCAGUAGUAGAUGGAGCCAGACUCCAUCUCCCCAGGUCCAGACAUCCUUCGCCUGGUCCUUUUACCUGGGAUGGGUCUCCUCUGUCCUCUUCCUCUGUGCAGGCUGCCUGAGCCUGGGUGCUCACUGUAGAACCCACCAGGCUGGGUAUGAAACCUUGUGA